AUGCCACUGCUGCUUUUCGCCUCGAUCGCCGAGCUCCGAUCUCCGACCCCGGACCGCACGGCGCUAAGCCCGAAACUUGACCGACGAGCGGUGGCGGAAACAACGGUGUUGUGGAAGGAUACCGUGACCAGCGGCACCUACGAUGCCCCCAAGAAGACGGCGGCUCUCUAUGCACCGGACGGAACCCUCUGGGGGACGGUCUCGGAGGAGGUCCGCGACACCCCCCAACAGAUCUACGCCUACUUCGACUACUUCGCCCGGCUUCCCGAGCUGAAGGUGGUGGAGUACACCCCCGUUGCCGUGCGCGUGUACGGGGAUUUCGCCGUGCAGGCCGGCACCUACACCUUUUCCUGGCAGGCGGAUGACGGUACCAUCGUGGAGAAGAGGGCCCGCUUCAGCUUCACCUUCCGGAGGGACAACCCCGGCACAGAUCGCCCCUGGACUAUCGUGGAACACCACUCCUCGUCCAUGCCCACGGCACCCGCGGGUCUCAAGGCGGUUGGGGUAGGACCGGGUAUCCCUCGCGGCCCUAAGGUCGUCAAAGAAACAACUCCCGACCAAAAGGCCGUAGCCGCAACGGCGGUGGUGUGGAAGGACACGGUAACGAUGGGCACAGACGACACGCCUAGGAAGACGGCGGAUCUUUAUGCCCAGGACGCUACUCUAUGGGGAACGGUCUCGGAGGAGGUCCGCGACACUCCUGAGCAGAUCUACGCCUACUUCGACUAUUUCGCGCGGCUCCCCGCGCUCCGGCUCGUGGAGUACACCCCGGUUGCGGUGCGCGUUUACGGGGACUUCGCCGUCCAGGCCGGCACCUACACCUUUUCCUGGCAGGACAACGACGGUACCACCGUCGAGAAGAGGGCCCGCUUCAGCUUCACCUUCCGAAGGGACCCCAGCAAGCCCCAGCAGUGGGCGAUCGUGGAGCACCACUCCUCCUCCAUGCCCACGGCACCCGCAGGGCUCAAGCCGGCUAUGUCAGGAACGAACCUCGCGGACCUGACCCACGACACGGGCAAGGCGACGGCGACAACGGCCCCCUCGUCUGCCGCCACGCAAUCCGCCGCCUCUGCCCGCGAUGAAGAUGCCGCCCCGACCGAAGCCGGAGGAGCGGGAGCAGCAGCGGCGACAGGCAGCGCAGCCGCCGCCACCACCACCACCACCACCACCACCACAGCGGCGGUAGCAGCAGCAGCAGCAGCAGGGGUAGACUACAUGCGAUUUCCGGUUACGGAGGAAGGUGAGGACGAGGAGGGUGCGUCGGCCACGGCUCCUUCGGAAUCGAUCUUCAAGAUGCUGCCACGUACCGCGUGCACGGCGGCUUGCGGGGCCGCCGUCGCCGCCGCGAUCGUUGGGUUUGUCGCGGCCGUGCUCAUGGCACCUGCUCUGUCGUCCACGGACCUUGAGGCGGCGCCCAUCGGGAAGGUCGCCGUCGUUAACGUUGCCGCAGCUGUCGCCGCCGCCGUCGCCACCGGGCUCGCCCCCGUCGGCGGUGCUCUCAGCCGAAUGUAACUGAUGUUUAUCGUCGUUUUCAUCGUGGGGGAAGUUGAGUCCUGUGGAGGUGGAUAGUGCUUUCUGGUUGUAGACAGAGGGUCGUGGAUGUGCUUCACCGAUGAUAAAACGCUUUGGUUCCUUAGAGAUAGCGGUAGAGAGGUAACAAGCAACCACUUCUCGGCCCUGGUUCGGUUUCACCAAGACACUGUAGCCAAACCCAUCACGCGCGCUGGCCUGAAUUUUUUUUAUGAACCCGAUUGGGGACAAGCACGGGCGAAGAGACGCGCCUUGUGGGGGUAGUUUCAGUGCUGCGGGAAGCUCGGACCCAAGCUGGGCACGGCAAGCUGUUCUCGUAGGGCGACUUUGUGCCAUAUGUUGUAGCGAUGCUGGACGAGGGAUGCGUCUCUACCAUACUACGAAUACCCUCGACUUUAACAAAACAUUGAAAAAGAAUGGCCUUCGAGGCUUUUCAUGCGUCACCAACUAGUGCGGGGCGCCCAGGAAGAGAUUUGAGAAUCCAUCUCUAGUAAGUUUUGUCUAGGAAUACCGUAGGUGCGUGCGGGCUUGCGAUUGUUUUUUGCCGUUGGUAGACAGAGAGAACUUCCGUGUGUGUUUUCAUUUCAUUCUUAAUGUCAUAAAGCAUAAAGCACAGCUUUAAGUUGAAGCAGUUUUGAAGGUGGCGCGGCAGAUCGGUUCAAUUUCUGUCUUGUUUUUUUUUCCAGCCGCUAGUCACACCUAGCUGACUGUUCCUUUUCACCUCGUCUUUGUCGUAGCAGUACUUGUGGGAGCCCUUGGAUGUGAUGUUGGGCACCCCGCAUCGGCCAGUCAGUAGUGAGAGAGGGCUGUAUUCGAACCGUCUGUAAGUAUGUGUGGCUUGGCCACGGGGUUCGGGUUCGAGGCUUGUGUAGGGGAUGACUGUACACUUGACUGCAGGAAGAGUCGGCGGGAAAAAAUGGGCAGACGGCAGGGCAAGGCAGCUUGUUCAUGUCAUCGCAAAUGCAAUACAGCACAGACCUCGGUAAAUUCCGUCCCUCCGGUUGCUGGUGGUGACGUUACCAAGUUGAAGGUUGAACUCUUUCGAACGAUCCGGAGGGUUUCUUUGGUAUGGCUGGUGGGGGCUACGCGCUCCAUAACCAACCAACCCUUGACGAUGGAAAGUAAAGGCGCGAAAUGUCAGGCUCAGAACUCGAAGGCGUGCUUGAUGAGUAGAAGUACACUAAUGUGUGUGUUUGAUUUGAUGGCACCCGACUACUGCUGUCCUAUGUUUUUGUUUUGUUUUCUUGGCCGACAUGCCUUGGUGUCACGUGCGUAUGAUUUUGGACGCGUGUUCCGGGGGGGGGGCGGUGGAACGACAACGGCGGAGACGAAUUACUAAAUGUAUUGCGAAAGUGUAUUGCCACAUAUAUAGCAAAGAAAACA